AUGGACUCUCUCAAGCUUCUCCAAGCUCUCGCCCUCCUCUUUGUCUUGACAUCUGCUGUGGCCACGUCGAGCGACGGGUCUGAUGUGUACGAGUGGGCUGCUGCCAACGGAGCGAACGUGAGCAAGGUGGUGCUGAGAGAUGACGGGGAAGCAGGUCCAAUCCUUCACGCGAAGGAAGACAUCGAGGCAGGCGAAGUGAUCCUCUCGCUGCCAGCGAACCUUCUCUUCCCUACACGUGUCUCCGAUCACUCUCCGGUCGUGCACAUGAUUGAGAACACAACCAUCGGAAGGAUCACCGCCAUCUGCUUGUACCUCAUCUCCGAGAGAGCUGACUCCAGCUCUCACUGGAAACCAUGGCUGCAGUCGCUCCCUCCUCGCUUCUUCCACGCGCUGUCCUACAGCGAGGACGACAUGCUUCACUUCCAGGCCUCGUCGUUCAAGGAGCUGCGAGACAGGAAGAAGAAGAACGUCCGACAAGAGUACGAGCAGACCGUCGCUCCUCUCCUCCACAAGCUCCCAGCCUUCGACCCUCUGCUCGCAGCAGUCGACAAGCCUCAAAAUGUGACGAGAGAAGACUUCACGUACGAGGCCUUCGAGUGGGCUUACUCGGUCGUGACCACUCGCGGCAUCUUUCCCGGGCUGCUGGGAGAGGAGGAGAGAGAGGGAGAGGUUCCACUGCUCGUCCUCGGCCCCCUCGCCGACAGCUUCAUCCAUGGCGCCAGCGGGGUCAAGAUCUCCUACGACGCCCAGGAGCAUCGCUGCGUCUUCUCUGCCCUGCACAAGGUGGCCAAGAACUCUCCCAUCUCCAUCGGCGUCGGUAUGUCCUCUAACAUGGAGCUGCUCGCCAACCGCGGAUUCAUGAUGCAGAACAACGGGAACAACUUCGUGCUGAUGAAGUUCCAGCUUGACAGGAACAGCGACAUGCACGCGAGCGCGAGAGAGUCGAUGAUGAAGCAGCUGAAUCUCUCCAACCCCAUGACGUACGUCGUCAGGUAUGGCGAGAUGCCGCAGGGCCUCCUCGCCAGCCUGCGCAUCCAAUCGCUCUCUCCUGUAGAGUUCGGGUCCUACGGCAAGGCUCUCGCUACCCCCGUGACGCUCGAGAACGAGUGGCGGGCAUAUCGGCUGCUCAUCUCCUCGUGCAACAGCAUCCUCGCCAUGUACCCCACGACCAUCGAGGAGGACGAGAUUGUGCUGACACAAACGAAGACGAGUAGACACCUGCGAGCUGCUGUCCUGCUAAGAAGAGAGGAGAAGUUGAUCUACGAGUCGAUCAAGACGUGGGCCAAUGACGCCUGGGCUUCCAUUCUGUACGCAUCCGCUGCUCCUGCCGACGGGUCUAGCUCCCAAUGA